AUGCCUUACCAUGAUGAAGAAUACCCAGGCCAGCCCCUCUGGCAAUCGGUGCUGCUCUUCUUCUGUAAGGGUAUGAUCGAGGGCAUCAUGGUCAUACUCUUCUUCUGGCUUCUUGUGCAGGUCCUCUUCACCAAACAAGUGGAAGUAUCGUUCUCUCCUAUGUCUGUAGUUCACCUCCAAAUUCUUCUUCUGGUCGGACUGAUCGUUUUUUGCCUGUGUUUGGUCCUGGGAUGUAUACUGUGCUGUAGGACAAGUCAAAUUUGUCAAGUAAAAGACAAAGAACCUGUGACAUCACUGCCAGCUCCUGCUGAACCUGUGACCUUUGCCCAGAGCCCGCCUCCCUCAGCUGCGAUGACAACGUCCAGGCAGCAAUAUGAGGAACUAGAUGGAGAUACACUGGAGUACCCCUCCACAUUCUCCAGUCCUGCCCCGUCUGAGGGUGAAUUUAGCUCCCAGCCAUUCCCUAAUCGAGCGCGUUCUGCCUCUGAGAGAAAAGAGCACAAGUCUUAUUUUUCCCUGCGCCGUCUCAGCACACCGCCACUAUCAUCACCACUUUAUAAACCCAUAGAUCCCAGCCAUAGAUCUCUGCCUUCAUUUCCAAAACUGGGACUGUUGUCCAAAACAUGUAAGGCUCUGCAGAGACGCUGCACUGUGACUGGGGAUAGUAUAUCUUAUAAUGAACACAGCAGACUCACCAGCCCCAGUGCUGUCUCUCCUUCUAUGCCUGAAGAACCAAUCCCACUGGUUCCACUAAGCUACGGCUCCACCUGCAAACAGCGAAUAUCACCAAAACCCUGCCUCCAUUUCACUAUGGCCUUCUCUCCAGAGCAGCAAACCCUGACCAUCACUUUCCUCAGCUUCACUGGGAUAUCCCACAGACUGGAGGAUGUGUCUGUGCUGGGUAGCAUGCCGCCUCUGUACCCCUUUCCCACACAGGCCUCUAUCCAAAGCAGCCUCAGCCCUGAGCCCUACAGCCGGGUGCUGACUCUGAAGGUGAACUCUGUGGAGGAGCUCCAGAAGUGCACUCUCAGAGUAGCUGUAUACACAAGGGAACUACCCAGCCAGAGAGGCACCACACUGGGUGAGCUGGAGGCCGAGUGUGGAGAAAGAGACUGGAAAUCAGGCCGUGCAUUUCAUUUCAUGAGAGAGCUUAACCCAGACAAAUGGAGGCUAAAAAAGAGUCUGAUCUCCCAGGAUCCACUGAUCUGUAAGGGGCUUAGCUGUCCUCCACAGAUCUUCAUUUUACUUCAGUAUCAGACUCUGGCCCAUCAAAUCAAAGUCACAGUCCUCAGAGCAGAUAACCUCGACAGCCUCAUUCAAACACCAGCUGCAGCAGAUUACCAGGUGGUGAUCAAUCUGCACCAUGAGGGGCUUGUGAUCGGCAGCAGAGAAACUAAAGGUGGGGCAUGUACUGUGUGGAACACCUCUUUCCUGUUUGACCUGCCUCCAGGAGACAUCCAUCAACUGCCCCUCACGUUGGAGUUCAAAAUCAUGCAAAAUCAGCUGUUUUCAGAGGGAAAAGUUCUGGGUCGAGUCCUCAUCGGUGCAGAGGCUGCAGAUGCAGGACGAGCUCAUUGGAGGGACAUGUGUAGCCUGCAGGUGGAGCAGACACGCUGGCACACAGUUCAACCAGAACCUCUAUACCAGAGCUCAGUCACAAACUGGGAAAACUAUACUGUGACCAGUGGAUGA